AUGAAGCUUCAUCCAGGGAAGCCAGGAAGAAAGGCAGGCGCCGUCGUCUCGUUCAUCCCCAAAUCGGCACCGACCUUCAGAUUUCCUCUCGCGCCGCGCGCCGCGCGCCACCAAGGAGGAAGGAAUGGACAAGUAUCACAGAAACACUCGGUUUGCACCCCUGAGAGAUGCUCCCUUUGCUCUCCGUGGUGCCCUUGGUAGCUCAAACUCAUCUUUCAACAACAUGGAUGGCCUUAGACACUCCUCAAGCAUUGGGCAAGCGAAGGGCUACGCGUCUUCUCCCUUAGGAGCUCCGCGACAGAAGAUGUCUCCAUCUGGAAGCCGAGCCCUGCAUACAAGUCGUCCCCUGUCAGCUCCUGUUGCGAACCGCCCGUUGUCUCCCCAUCUUCCGCUGAAGAAGCCACAGCUGAGCGCUACCUUCUCCAUCUCACACCGUAUAUUCGGUGUCGCACUGGGUGCUGCCAUCAUAUCCAUUCCUCUUGCUACCAAAUUCAGCCUCAUGUUUGGUGUCUGAGUGAAAUACAUCCUGCAAUGAUGAGAAGUGACUUUGCCAAGACAGGUCUGUCGUCUGGACAAUGCAGCUGUAGAUGUAGUUGUCAAACAUCUUAUCAACAACCCUGCAUAUUUCCUGAAUAAUAAGGAAAGCUACCCAAAUCAUCAGUGCGUGUAGACUUCAUUCCGAGUGUCCUAUUUCUUUGUUGUGAGGUCUGCAAAUCUGAACCAAUUUUUUUUUGUUGCUUCGGCUUCAAUGUUUUCCUGCUCAUGCAAAACAAACAUAAUGUUGAUAGUUUUCUGAACAGAUAUCUGUAGGCAACUGUUAUUUUCCGCCCCAAGAGGUUGAUGCCUUAUAUUUGGUGUUCAA